AUGGAAGAAGUUAUAGGGGUAUUAUAUGAGGCUCUAGCAGCUAUUAAGGAGGUUAUAGUGGCCAUUAAGGAGUUUCUGAGUCCUUUAGGAGGUUCUACUCCUAUGGAGGAUUUAUUUAUUUUCUCCUUUUCGUCUCCUCCUCCGCUCCUGCUGCUGCGUCUGCUGCGUCCGUUAACACCGCGAAGAGCCGAGGAACUGCAGCGGGACUCAGCGACAACAGCAGGCCUGACCGCCGGGGAGGAGCGGAGGAUGUGUCCCGCCGCCGGGACGGAGAGCCGACCGGAGCCGCCGCCGCUGAACCCAGGAGGAGGCGACAUGACUGCGCGGCUCACAGUCAGGAUGUCUGGCCCGGCCGGACCUGCACCGCCCGCCGGGGCCGGGCCGGGGCCGGAGCUGCCGGACCUGAGCCACUUGACGGAAGAGGAGCGGAGCAUCAUUCUGUCGGUGAUGGAGAGACAGAAGAAGGAGGAGGAGAAGGAGCAGAGCAUGCUCAAGAAGUUACAUCAGCAGUUUGAGAUGUAUAAGGACCAGGUGAAGAAGCUGGGGGAGGAGCCUCAGGCAGCUCAGACGGUGAGGGCGGAGUCUCCGACCUGCGGCGUCUGUCACAAGACGAAGUUCGCUGAUGGCUGUGGCCGAGCCUGCUGCUACUGUCAGAGCCGCUUCUGCGCCCGCUGCGGGGGGCGUGUUCUUCUGAGAGCCAAUAAGGUGAUGUGGGUUUGUAACAUGUGCAGGACGAAGCAGGAGAUUCUCACUCGGUCGGGGGAGUUUUAUUCCAACACAAUGCUGCUGUCUGUCAACCACACCUCACAUGGGGUUCCACCUCCAGCAAUGCAGGGGUCGCCAGGGGCCACAGCGCCCCUGAGCAACGGAGCCACUGAGCGGAGGCAGAGUUCCUCAGGGUCGUAUUACGAUGAUGGGGGGGGCAGGAUGCCUCGCUCGCCCUCUGACCUCGGUCUGGACCGCUGCGCUCGUUCGCCAAACAGCUGCCAUGGCAACGGGGAGGAGGAUCUGCGGGGUCGGAGGCGACCAAUCAGAGAUGGACGAGGCCGCUGGAACUCACAGGACCACCCCCUGGACCAGGUUCUUGACAAGCGCGAGCUGCAGCGGCAGCGGGAGGAAGAGUUUCAGGCCCGUUACCGUAGUGACCCAAACCUUGCUCGUUACCCAGUGAAGCCACAGCCGAGUGAGGAGGCCAUGAGGAUGUUAGCACAAGUCAGCAGGGUCCGCCACCAACGCCGCCACAGUGACGUCUCACUGGCAACCGCCGAGCCCGACCACCUGACCCUAAGACACACAGCUGUCCGCCAGAAUCGGCCUCAGGGAUUGUUCGGAUAUGGAGGUCAGAGGUCAUUCUCUGUGGACCGGUCAGUCAAUCACAGCCCCACGUCUCCCCGCCGUAGCCCGUUACCGCAGCAACUCCUCGACUUCAGCUCCGCCCACAAGAGGAAGCCUGCCAAUGAGAGCACAGGGCAGAGGGGGUGGAAGAUGGGGAAGAUGCAUGUGAUUGGCAGCUUCAGCAGCUCUGAGGAGGAGAUGACCACACCUGAGUACACCAGCUGUGACGAGCCCGACAGAGACAUGGACAGCCAAUGGUGGGAUCAUGGUUCCUGGCAUGGCGAGCCUGUGCCCAUGUCUAUGCAACCGGUCACAUGGCAACCGUCCAAGGAUGGAGAGUGUCUAAUUGGUCGAAUUCUGCUGAACAAGAGGUUGAAGGAUGGGACAGUUCCGGCAGAUACAGGAGCACUGCUGGGGCUCAAGGUUGUCGGGGGGAAGAUGACGGAAUCUGGUCGUCUCUGUGCAUUCAUCACCAAGGUGAAGAGAGGAAGUCUGGCUGACACUGUGGGACACCUGAGACCAGGUGAUCAGGUUCUGGAGUGGAAUGGUCGGGUUCUUCAGGGAGCCACAUUUAAUGAAGUUUAUAAUAUCAUCCUGGAGUCCAAACCAGAACCACAGGUGGAGCUGGUGGUGUCCCGAACCAUCGGAGAUGUUUCCAGAGCAACCGACAGCCAAGUCCCACAGCUGGACUCCAGUUCCAGUUCCUUUGACUCUCAGAAAAUCGGUCCAUCCAUCUCUGUCACGUCUCCCAUGAGCCCCAGCGUCCUGUCUGGACAAGUCUCUACUGUGAACAGGCGUCCUCUGGUUCCCCGAAUCCAGGUGAAGCUCUGGUAUGAUAAAGUGGGUCAUCAGCUGAUCGUCACGGUUCUUGGGGCCAAAGAACUUCCUGUCCAGGAUGAUGGCCGACCCAGGAACCCCUACGUCAAGAUCUACUUCCUGCCAGACAGAAGUGAUAAGAGUAAGCGGAGGACGAAGACGGUGAAGAAGUCGGUGGAGCCUCGGUGGAACCAGACCUUCAUGUACUCUCCUGUCCACCGGCGGGAGUUCAGAGAACGGAUGUUGGAGCUCACAGUCUGGGAUCAGGCCCGUGUCCGGGAGGAGGAGAGCCAGUUCCUGGGGGAGGUCCUGAUAGAACUCGAGUCGGCUCUGUUGGACGAUCAGCCUCACUGGUACAAACUGCAGCUUCAUGAUGUUUCCUCUCUGCCUCUGCCCAGCGCCUCCCCCUACCUGCAGAGGAGAGGACUGCAGCCUGAACUCAGUCAGACCGGCAGGAGGCUGCAGAGGUCUCAGAGGAUCAGUGACAGUGAGUUUUCAGAUUACGACUGUGACGACGGCAUCGGGGUGAUAUCAGACUACAGACAGAAUGGACGGGACUUCCACAGUUCCACCCUCUCAGUGCCGGAGCAGGCGAUAUCAUCCAAUCACUGCUCUCGAUCUGAUAUGGUCAGGAUGAGGUCACGGUCACCGAGCCAACCGCCUCCUCACAGCAGCAACCCUUUGUACCCAUUGUAUCGGGAAGACGCUGUGCGGCUGUUGCGAGGCUCCAAACUGAGCCGAGCGUACUCCGACGCCAGCCAGUACGGCAGCUUGAACAGGAGAUCACUGAGGAGAAUGUCUGUUGCCAACUCUCUCGAUUCCCAUGACAGAUAUUUUAACGGUCCAAAUAACACUCCCUGGACAAACCACAUGAUGAAUGGGAGCUGUGAGGACUACAGUCAGGACUUCAUCCCAGACUUCCCCUAUGAACCCGACGCCUACGACGAAGAACUGCUGAGGUACAGUCGGGGGAUGGACCGCCGGGAUUACUACAGUCGCUCUCGGUCAGCUGACCAGCGAGCGAUGGUGGAUCGACCCAUCUACAUGCGUUCACACUCCACAGACCGAGCUGACUCUGUCCACCUGAGGUCCGGAUGCUCCGCCCCCCCCUCACCUGCCCUUACCAGGGCGAACCCUCGAGUCGUAUCGACUCAGACAAGUCCAUCAGGAACGCCGGUCUGCAGUCGCCGAGGACGCCAGCUGCCUGCCAUCCCGCCCAAAGGAGCUCCAGACAGAAGUGUGACGAAGGAUCCAUCAAAGAUGAGGGACAGCCUGUCCUUCAAAUCAUCAGACAGUGACGUCAGCGACAUGUCGGCCAUGUCCAAUGCCUCGGACACUCGAUCGGUCCGCAGAAUCAGUCGGGCAGAGGCUCUAGAAGGCCAGUCAGUGGAGUUGGGGGCGGGAUCAGAGGGAACACAGGAAGUAGUGGCAGAAGGUGGAGCCUCGCUGCAGAAGAGUGACUCAGUGGAGCAGGGAGAGGAGGAGGAGGAGCCUGAGCCUUCAAAGGCAGCAUCGGCGUCCGGAGCUCCUCUCACCAAGUCCUCAAGCGUCGGUGGGGAAAUCUGUUCGUUGGGUAGAAACGAUGAUGACGAUGACGACAGGAAGAGACGCUCAAGUUUCGGAGCAAGGAUGAUGGGAAUGGUCGGACUGGGAAAGAAGAGUCAGAGUGCCUCCCAGCUCAACCCCGAGGAGGAGGAGAAGAAGAAGAAGGUGGUGAGACUUCCUGUCCAGAGGAGCGUAGAAACCGGUUUAGCCGUUGAAUUUAAAUCUCGUUUUACCCGACAGCCAAGUCGCGACCCGGAUGCAGAGGACCCCAAACCUGGAGCUCUGAUAUUUCCCGGAGUGAAGUUGGCAUCAGACCAACAGUUCACUGGCUUCCUGGAGGGAUUAGGCCCCGCCCAGCUGGCUGGACGGCAGACUCUGGCCACGCCUCCCAUGGGUGAUAUCCAGAUCGGGAUGGUAUACAGAAAGGAACGUCUGGAUGUGGAGGUGAUUCGAGCUCGGGGGCUUGUGGGUAAACAAGGCAACAAGAACACACCAGCGCCGUACGUAAAGGUUUAUCUAAUGGAUAAUGGGAAGUGUGUGUUGAAGAGAAGAACUCGUCUGGCGAGGAAAACGCUCGACCCUCUUUAUCAACAACAGCUGCAGUUUGAGGAGAAUCCUGAGGGAAAAGUACUGCAGAUCAUUGUGUGGGGCGACUAUGGUCGGAUGGAUCAUAAAUCCUUCAUGGGCGCCGCUCAGAUACUUUUGGACGAUCUGGACCUGUCCAAUAUGGUGAUUGGCUGGUUUAAACUGUUUCCUGCCACCUCAUUGGUGGACCCUGCCUUGGCCCCGCUGACCAAUAGGGAAACAGAGGGCAGCAAGUCAUAGCGUCAGGAGGCGGGACUGACUUUAUCAUCAUAGUAACAGGCUGAGAAGGGGGAGGAGGGGGCAAAUUGUUGCCAGGUGGGGCCUAAAAGUCCCAUGAUCCUCCUCUGCUGUUGCAUGCUGCAUGAUGACAUCUCAGCGAUGAUGUAACAGCAUCAUGAUGAUGUCACCUGGAGGAGGAGAGAGGCUUCGCCCCCUAAUGGUGACUCAGAAAAUUACCCUUCCACUGAGGGUGGGGCCACGCAGCAAAGAAUGCUGGGAAAUGAAAGGACAGGAUUGGCCGUGACCUCCAGCUGCCAGCCAAUCACAGCAGCUCCUCAGGAGUCUGUAACUGUUAGACAGUCUAUGGUUUCUGGAAAGGUUUCUGUCACCUGACAGUUUCCAUGGAGAUGCGGGAAUACGGAGGCCCGGUUCUAUAUGUUUUUGCAUGGAACGAUUAAAAGAUUGACAUAAAACAUAAAAAACAUCAACUGUGAAGAAAUGUGAACAUCGCCUAAAAACUGAAAAAUAAAAAGAU